CAGCAAUCCAACCAAGGGACCGCCUCCCUCCCCUCUCGCCCUAUAUAACCGCGAGGCAGGCGGCCGCCCCGCGAGCGGAGAUCGGAAGAAAUCGGGAAGAAAAGCGAGCGAAGAAAAGGGCCUCCGAUCCGCCUCCUCGCCUCGUCAAACUCCCCCGGACUAAAUUGUGACAAUAUCAUCAACGCUCUUGAUCCAUUUCAAGUAUUCAGUACAUACAACUGCUUCUUGUAGGUUAGUGCUAACUUUCUUUGUACAAGUUAAACCAACAAAUUCUUAUGCAUUAGAUCUCAUAGGUUCUUUUUUUUUCAGAAUUAUCCCAUUUGUUUAUUUUUUAUAAAGAAAUGUGCUCAAUAUGACCACUUCGUACAGUCAGCUUUCUUUGUCAUUUCUUCUGUGUCCGGUGCUAAUGUAAUUUUUUGGAAAAAUUUUCCUUGGCUACUAAAAUGUUGCCUGUCUUUUGGUACAAUAGAUAGUUCAUGGUCUAUUCAUAACUCACUUUAGUAUUGUGUUUGUUAUCAGCAGUUACACUGUCUCUCUUUGUUGGGUUCCAUAAUGUAGUUACUUUUGUUGAUUGGUUUAUGCUCUGUUUGCCUUCUGAGAAAUAUGAUUAAUAACUUUUCAAGGCUUGAUCUCUUUGUAGCAGGAUACUCUAUUUAGAACCAAAUAUUUGUUGGAAACCGUAGUCUUGUACCUGCUAAACUAUCGCAAAUGUUAAUCUGAUAAGCAAAUGUGCUUUGAUAUCUAAAAGUUUUACUAUUUCCAUGAGUACAUAAAAACAUGUUUCACGGCUUUUUUCCCCUCCAAACUGCUUAAAUUAUUAACUUCACACAAUAAUUUGUUUCAACAAUUCUAACGAUUAAGUGAAUUCGACACAGUUGGUUUCAAGAUGACAAGUAAGAAAAGUAACAGAUCUACAGUCACAUCAUGCACUGCUCUGCAUAUGGAAUGGGACAGGAUUUCUUGCCCUAUUUGUAUGGAGCAACCCCACAAUGCUGUUUUACUUAUAUGCAGUUCAUACAAGAAUGGCUGCAGAUGUUACAUAUGUAACACAAGCCAUCGACACUCUAAUUGCCUUGACCGAUUCAGAAAAAUGAAUGGUGAUAGUAAGACGUUCAAGGAGCCCAAGACACGGAAGGCAUGUUGUUAAUGAAGCGUCUUUUCGUUCCAAUGUAAACAAUGGUCAAAACCCAGAUGGAAUAUCUAGAUCUGAGCCUGAGUUUGCUAACCAUCAAGAAUAUGAAAACCCAGCUUCAUCUGUAGAAGGAAACAUUGUAAUAGGGGGAUGUUAUGAUGCUAUGCAAAGUUCUGUUGAAGUGAAAUGUCCUCUUUGUAGAGGAUCUGUAUUUGGUUGGAUGCCUGCGGGUGAUGUGAGACAGUAUCUGGACAGAAAGUUGAGAACUUGCUCCCAUGAUUCUUGCAAAUUUGUUGGAACCUAUGAGCAGCUGCGUGAGCAUGCUAGGAAUGCUCACUUGCUUACAAAUCCUGCUCAUGUAGAUCUGUCAAGGAAGAGAACUUGGGAUCGCAUUGAGCGUGAGCAGGAGGUUGGUGACGUCAUUAGUGCAAUCAGGUCCCAGAUACCAGGGGCAAUAAUAGUUGGUGAUUAUGUUAUUGAGACUAGAGAUGACAUGUCCCCAGAUAUAGACUCUGGUGAUGAAAGCAGUGAAGAAUGGUGGUCAGAUCGAGACGAUGUUGAAUCACCAGGUAGCAGACUUGAUUCUCCAAGUGUUUGGCCAAAUGAUAUGCUAGGAUCACCUAGCAUUUGGCCAGAUGAAAGACAUAAUUUGCCAAGGCAUCUGCCACAGAACAACAUGACGCAGAGUCUACUGCGACGGGGUUUCUCAAAUAGCCACUCUGGACAUCGCAGCAAUUAUCGUGGCUAUCGUCGCACGCUCCUGGAUCGGUCAUAUAGUGGUGCCCGAGAUCCAGGGAGGAGCAUAGAUCCAUCGUUGGUGCCAAGCAGGCGGCAGCGGCUGCGGUACACGUACAGGAGCCACUACUGAUGGAAACAAUAGCAGUUCUUCUGUAGAAAUUCAUUGGUGGUUGUGGUUCCACCCAAGCUAUCUUUGUAAAUACAAAUGACCAAGACUACGUUUAUUUCCUUUAGUUUAUUUAAUCUGUGUAUCAUGUAUCAUGUGAAACAAUCUAUCCCAGGUGCAAAAGGCAUUCCUCUUUAAUGUUAUUUACGGUGUCUUGUUGCUGCA